UGACGGCUGCGAUAUUACAUCUCUAUGUUUAUGUUACAGCUAGUCUGUUGUGCGUUACGGUUAUGUUUAGUUGUAGAUUAGUUAGUUGUGUGUAACAUUACUGUUGCAAAUGGCGAAUGAUAGAGAAAUACUGAGAGAGAUUUGGAAUGGGCGGAUACCGACGUGUUUUCAUUUAAAUUCAGAAGAAGUGCAUGACGUUCAGGUUCCUGAUCCAGUGUACCUGAUGAUUCCCAGGUUAAGCUAUUUCCCAUUAGUGACAGAUAAGAUACGUAAACAUUUCAUUCGUCAUAUACAUCCAGAUAAACAGAAUGCAGAAAUGUGGCUGGACUACAAUGGCCAAGCUCUGAAAUGGCAUUAUCCAAUUGGUGUCCUUUAUGACUUGUACGCAUCUGAAAGUAACUUGCCUUGGAAUAUAACAGUACAUUUUGAAAAAUUUCCUGAAACAGAAUUACUUCACUGCCCUGGUAGAGAAGCUGUGGAAUCACACUUCAUGGCCUGUGUGAAAGAGGCGGAUGUUCUAAAACACAGAAGUCAAGUUGUAUCAAACAUGCAAAAGAAGGACCAUAUGCAGUUGUGGCUUGGACUGCAGAAUGAUAAGUUUGAUCCAUUUUGGGCAACCAAUAGAAAACUCAUGGAAGUUACUGGUGAUGAGACAUUUAAGUAUAUACCAUUCCGCUGUUAUAAUAGUGAGGAGCCAUUCCUGCAGAAACUGGUGAAACCUGUGACAGAAGAGGGGCAGCGCAAAACCCUUCAGCAUUUGCUACAAGAAGUCUACCCAAAUUUAUCCAAUGUACGAGUGGUAACCCACGGAAUUGAACCUCCAUUAGACACUCCUCUGCAGUGGAUGAGUGAACAUCUCAGUUACCCAGACAACUUCCUGCAUUUGUGUGUUCACACAUAAUAUUUAAGCAUAUAGCUUUAUUUUCUUAUUAAUUUAUGGACUUUAUAAAUUUCAUGUUAUUUUCUCUUUGAGACUAGUUGUUUUUGUUUUGCUGUUUAUUUUAUGUAUUAUUUUAUAUUUUUAUAUUUUGUCUUAUUUAAGAUACCUGCCUAGUCCACUAUCAUGUAUACAUUUUGUGGUGCAUUGGAGCAGUUUUCUGUUCUCUUGUCCAUUGUUGUGCAAAAUUGUAUUAGCUCAUAAUGUCUUAGGUUUGGUUAUAAUUAUAGAGUACACAGGUGGGAAUUCUUAACAUGUACUUUUUGAGUGUAAUUGUAUUAAAUGUAUUGGGAUGAAAGUAUGCUCUUUGAAAUGCUUUACUAGAUUAUAUUGCUUUGUAACUGGGUGUGGAAAAUUGUGUUAUGAAUCUCAUUUAAAACUCUUCAUUUUUAUUGUCCAUGAUAUAAGUGAGGUACAUUUUCUGGAUUGUUGAGUAAACUUGUGUACAUUUUUGUGCACAUUUGUAUAUUGUCACUUAGCCUUAACAGAUAACCUUAUACAGUGGAUCAAAAUACCUGUUUAGAAUUUCUUAUUUUAGAAAACUAGAAUUCCCAGAUGUGGAUGAUUGUUCUGUGCCCACCUUAUUAUAUCACACAAGUAGUUUCCAAAUCUAUAUAUGGUUGCUUGUGCAUAGCAGUAUUUUCAGUAAUGAUAGACUGUGGUAAUUUGUAAUUCAUCCAGAAUUUGAUUAACGGUUACAUUCUAAAAAGUGAGUUAUUUGAGAUAUAGUUUUCAGUCGUAAUGUGCUUCUCUUCACAUUGCUGCUUUUCUACUGAAAACAAAGAAAAAAACUUGUCUGAUAUUCUCUGUAGAAGUUUAUGAAGACACCUGCUCCAAAUCAGGAAUACCAAGUUGUUAUUGGUUUUCUUAACAUCAAUAUCCACCCAGUAAUUCAUGCAUUUUUUAUAUCCCAGUUGUACUAUGCUCUUACGUACCGUGUUUUAUGUAUACGAGUUUAUUUCUGUGAUAAGUACAGUUUAAAGUUAGCAUUAUUGCAAACAGUAAACAGAGUGACACGGCAGUUUAUAGUUUGUGUGUGUGUGUGUGUGUGUGUGUGUGUACGCGCGCGCGCGUGCGUAAGUUGCAGAAAUUUGAACUUAAUGCACUCCUCAGUAUUGUUACAAAUGGAGUGCUGUGACACACAGUGUGGAUAAAUAAUCUCUCAAUUGAGUCCCAAGUUGCUUCAAGAAAACAGGAACAAUUUGCCACUUUCAUUGAAAGAUAUUUCAGCAGAAGGUGCAUAAAAUACUGUUUUGUAAGGCCUGAAGGUGAACCUCGCAUUAUUUCCAAGUUUCGGAGUUAUUUGCUUAGGAUUUUAGUCUAGACUGCUGUCAGAGAUGCUUAAAACAUUUAUCUUGCAAAAGGCUGUGUAUGCUAAGACAUAAGAAGCCACAAUUAAAUGUUGAUCCACAAUAUCAUUUGCUAUUAGAAAUGAACAUUGUCAUUUGGCCAUCACUUAUUCAUUAUUUGAGGUGGAAUUUAUAAGGAAAAAGCUGUACUUUUCGUCAGGAUUGGUGUUUCUUGAAUGAAUUUUUUACCGUGCAGUGUGUGUGUGUGUGUGUGUGUGUGUGUGUGUGUGUGUGUGUGCGCGCGCGCGCUUCCUGGUAGAUUAAAAGUAUGUGUCACCAACUGGGACUCAAACCCAAAAUCUUGCCUGUUUCUUACCAACUGUGCUAGCCAGGCACUACACCCGAUGUGCCCUAGCAGCUUCUAUUCUGCCAGUAUCUCUCUCCUAGUUUUCAAACGUCACACAAAUUCUCCCGCAUAACUUGCAGGACUAGCACUCCUGGUAGAAAGAUCAAGUUGGUGUUUGUUUGCACUAUUAACCUUGCAGAGACACAGCUGCUUCAUAGCACAUUUAUGUAAAUUGUGCAUAGAAUUUUUGAGUUAUGCACUUUUCAUUUUGUUCUUCCUCUCUGUGGAAGGCACUGAAAUUACUCUCGUAACUACUCGAUAUUUUGUAUGCUGUAUUUUAUAGCUGUCUUACCUUAGCAUCUCAUUGCCUUUUAGUGUUACUUUGUUGUUCCUUUUUCU